CGAGAAUGUGCGGGCACAUGGGGCGCUUCUCGGAAAAGCGGCCGGCAGCGACGGCGAGCCCCACACCGGCUGGGCUCCGGAUCCCAUAGAGAAAUCCAGAAUCAUUUGCCUUUGGCGCCAUGAAUAUGCCGCACCUGGCCUCCACAUGCGCCCUUCUCUCCAUUCCUAACAUACUACGUCGAGCAGUUUUUAGGUACUCGCUGCAACCAGUAGCCGGCCAGUAGGCGGAACGGAAGGGAAGAAGGGGGUCUACGCCUGCUUUAGGCGAACAUGGACUGCGCCUUUCUGAGCCGCUGGUGACUCGGCCGGCCCGGCUGCUGACUCCGCAAAUCCACUGCCUUUGCCCAAAGCCGUGCGGCCCAAAGGAUGUUCCACCACCCGCGGCGAGCCUAUAAAUGCCGCCCUCGGCAGCUGCACUCCGGUACCAAUCCGCGAUUCCUUACACGCUAAGGCAUAGAGGCACGCACGCGCACAAUCGGCGCCAGCCAACGAGAUCGAUCAGCCAAGCUAAGCUCUCUGCCUGCUCCUCCUCCUCCGCUAAGCUCUCGGCAGCCAUGAGGAAGUCGUCGAGCUGCAGCGGCCAUGUCAUCGGGGUCCCGGUCACCUCCAAGGCGUACGGGAUAGAGGAGGUGUCGUCCAGGGAUCCGUCGUCCUUCAGGAAGGGCGACGCCGCCGGCGAUCACCUUGCUGUCUCGUUGACGCACCCCAGCCCUUAUGCGUCUUUCGGCUACAAGCACAGCAGCAAGGGUCAGGUGAUCCACUGGGUGAGCAAGCUGGGCAGAAGGGCGCAAGGGUUCAGGGAGCACGUGACCCUGGGGCCGAAGCUGUCGGAGACGGUGAAGGGGAAGCUGAGCCUGGGCGCGCGGAUCCUGCAGGCCGGCGGCGUCGAGCGCGUGUUCCGGCAGGCCUUCUCCGCCGAGAAAGGCGAGCGGCUGGUGAAGGCGCUGCAGUGCUACAUCUACACCACGGGCGGGCCCAUCGCCGGGAUGCUCUUCGUCUCCACCAAGAAGGUGGCCUUCCGCAGCGACCGACCCAUCACCGUCACCUCCCCCAAGGGCGGCACGACGGCGCGGGUCACCUACAAGGUGGUGGUCCCGCUCCGGAGGAUCGACAAGGUGCGGCCCAGCGAGAACGUCGACCGGCCGGAGGAGAAGUACAUCCACGUCGCCACCGUCGACGGCUUCGAGUUCUGGUUCAUGGGAUUCGUCAGCUACCAGCGGUCCUGCAAGUACAUGCAGCAGGCCGUCUCGGAGCUGCAGCUGCAAUGAUCGACCGCACCGCCGUCCGUCGGGGCCGGCGACCUACAGGUUGAUGAGGAGGUCCGGACGUGCCGGUUGCGAGGCUGCCCGGUCGGCACGAUGUGAAGAGAGGAUGUUAUGGGCUUGCUUCGCCAGCUUUUGUCGCGAAGUAGCCGUAGCUAGGAUUGCCCUGUCUAAUUCCGGAUCGGUGCAAUUGUUCCUUCCGCGUACGAUGUUGGACCAACACCUGUGUUGUUCCAAAGUGGUUGCUUUGUACUAGUAAAUGGAUCAAGAAAUUAAUCAUUUGUGCAUGAUCUUGUCCAAUGGAGUACUAGUUCAGUAUGUUUCUCAU